UCAGGUCGCUGGUAGAGUAGUCAGCAAUGCUUCAUCAGACCUGCAAGUCGCCUUAGACUGGAGCAUCAUUUCCCUUCUAAACUACAUGUAGAUCACGAUUAUCACGCAGUAGAGCUUUAGGAACAAAUUGCUCUGCAACAAAAGAUUCCAGUUCAAGUGAAGUUUCUCAUGCGUUUUUUUCCACUGCCGCUUAACACAUUUCCUAUCCGAUCACGUCGUCUUGAAAGAUAGAUACAUUUGCAGGAACAACGAUACCAGCUGGUGGUGACAAUGCACAGCGGACUGCUGAUAGUGGUGUUUACCGUUGGUGUGUUCGUAGUGAUACCAACGCACAGUGGAGCAACAGUCUCAGCACAAUGCACAUUGUCACAAACUCCAGGAAAUCUGACCAUUGACAAUCAUAUGAAGCUGGAAAGUACGCCUGGUGCUGGACCAAUUCUCCAACCGCGGACAAUUAUUCCUUUCCCGAACAUAUCCUUCUACAGCAGCUGUAUAUUUGUCCAGAUCGAUAUUACUGCAGAUGUGGCUCAAAAGUCGUGCGAUCCGAUGUUGGUCCUAUUGAAGGAAUUCCCUGGGGGAAAGUAUCAGAUUGCCUCUGAACGCAUUCCACCUAGCACACAUAUAACGGGUAUUGCAACAUGGACUGGGGUGAGCGUUAACGACUACAUAUCUGAUAACAGCAGUGUUACUGAAGCAUACAUCCUCGGGAUCACCAUGAAAGCCUACUGCCCAUUGAGCUAUAAAGCUGCCUCGUCAAGAGUGUCUUGGGUCUUGCCGGAAGGCAGCUCACCACGUGUCUUACAGACGUUUGCCUGGGGUGCUGCUCUGGAGCCUCGUGUCACGAUGACCAUCCGUGCAUCCAAUGCGUGCAACCAGGCUACAUGUGACAACUGCCAGACACUCUAUCAAAGCUGUCCUGCAUUGGGAGCAACUGGUACAAGUCAAUACCAAUACUAUUGUGGUACUGCAUCUAACUACGCGUGUCCAACCACUACUGCAGUUCACCCUACUACGCGAAGUACAACCUCUCCUCUAACGAAAACAUCCAUAGUACCUCAAGCAACUACUAGCGCUACUCCAUCGACCGCCUCCACGAGAGUCUCAUCGUCUGCCGUUACUAAUCUACGGAUUACCUCCGACACAAUUGCUGCAGCUACAGUCUCUCCAUCAACCACGCCUCGGGUUGCCAAGGCCUACGCCGAAUCGUCUCCUCUUUCCAAUGCCUUCCUAUCACCAAACUCAACUGACGCUAGUUUGGGUUUCAGUGCACCUAACACAUUCGAUUAUAAAUCGGCCAGUGAAACCUCAACGGAAGUUCUACCUUCUGGAGCCUCACAACAUGCAAGUUCACCAUCGCCAGGAUCGUCCAAGCGUGGCUCACCAAGCGCUACGGAAGCGGUGGAGAGGAUCAUAAUUGUUCCCGGGACAGGUAAAUUAUAUGGUCUUACCCUGGGCUUUAAUAUUCCCUUGCUUCUCUUCACCCUCUCCAUUCUACUCGUACUUCUGUAUCGAAUGAAGCGCGAAUCUCCCUCAACAAGUGGCCACUCUCGACAAGAAAAUGGAGAAGCGGUAAGCUUGCACACUCCAAGAACACCUCCGUCUACCACAGCUCGCCCCCAACAAUACGACCAAGUAGCAACGGACACAUCCCAGGGCCCAUAUUACAUUGAAGCCGUAGACUCGAAGAUCGCGAACGUCACGCCCUGGUCCUGCUCCAUGACUGAUGAUGGCACCAUGCCGGAUUUUGUCCAUGUGCAGUCGUCAACGGCACCAGCUAAUAUUGAACAAGCCCAAGAUUCGCUGUAUGCUGAUCUGGAGACAACUGAACAUGCCAGUGCUGAAAUGCAGGAACGUCACUACAUGUUAUUAUCCACGUGCACACAAACACAUCCCAACCAUUACCAAGGCCUUGGUCCCCAUAGCAACGACCUCCAAAGAUGGGAAAUCCCUGGUAACACCACGCCUGAUGGUGAGUCGUUGGUUAUCUGCAAUACUGCGCACUGACUAGAAUACAGCACUGCGUCUGCUCCCGUCACACGCGCUAUUUACACUUCUCUAAUAGGGAUUGACUGUGUGGACGCUGUUCCUGAAGCUUUACCACAUAGCCAAUUCUAACGUACCCAGGCACCUCAGAUCCUAACAAAACGAAUAUCAACGCCCAGGGCAGAAAAUUCACAAAACAUAUACUAGUAACCCCCACCACUCCUCACUGACAUGCCUCUGUCCUCCUUCUUUGAGCGUUGCGCCUAUUCUUAUUUUGUGUUUCUGUUUCCGUAUAUUUCGUAUUUCAAGGCAUACCCCGAGGCUAUAGGUAUUAUUGAGUAAAGGACCAUUCUGGAACAUUCAGCAUAAUUGUACUUGCAAGUAUUUCUCUAGCUAGGCUGUUCAUUUCGAAUCAUUAGCCCUCCACUGUAUGCUAUCUCAACCCUACAGCCUCCCAUUAUAAUGGAACUCCCUUCAAUUUAGACUACAUCUUUGGGAAAUCCUCAAAUAUAUAUAAUAAUAUAAUAACCCCUGCGGAUAAGCGACCAACGAGGCUAUUGAUUCCAAAGUAGGUGACGUAUGAUUAUCAUGGACACCAGUGCCUAUGCAAAACACUUCAUUUUUCUUGACUUUACUCAUAGCUGUUCUGCCAAUGAAUAUCUGGUGGUUUGGA